UUGCAUUGUUUGAUUGGAGGAGUUGUCCUCCCCUGUGGAGAGUGAAAGCGAUUUGUGUGUUGCCAGUUGGGGAAGAGGAAGUGGAGCUGUAACUGCAUCCAGAAGCUGAUACUGACACACUCAGACAAUGGCUUAUCCUGGAUACGGAGCGCAAUUUUCUCAGUAUGGUGGUGCACCAGGAGCUCCAGGUGGUGCAGGAUAUCCCGGGGCUGGUGGUCAAGGGUAUCCAGGGGCUCCUGGAGCUGGAGGUUAUGGAGCAUUCCCAGGCCAACAGCAGGACCCACUCUAUGGAUACUUUGCUGCAGUGGCUGGUCAAGAUGGUCAGAUAGAUGCUGAGGAACUUCAGAGAUGUCUUACUCAAUCUGGCAUCAGUGGCAACUACAAACCAUUCAGCAUGGAGACCUGCAGGCUAAUGAUUUCGAUGUUAGAUCGAGAUAUGUCCGGCACGAUGGGUUUUCCAGAAUUCAAAGAGUUGUGGACAGUUUUGAGUAACUGGCGGCAGAACUUUUCUACUUUUGACCGAGACCGGAGUGGAACUGUAGAGCCCCAGGAACUACAACAAGCUAUUAGUGCUAUGGGGUACAGAUUGUCCCCUCAAGGUUUGAACGGAAUAAUAAAACGAUAUAGCACCCAUGGGAAGAUCUCUUUUGAUGAUUAUGUAGCCUGUUGUGUGAGACUCCGGGCUCUGACAGAGGCCUUCAGAAGAAGAGAUGCAUCCCAACAAGGAGUUGUUAAUUUUGCAUAUGAUGAUUUCAUCAUGUGCACCAUGACUAUUUAACUGAAGCAAGAUUGAAAAGGAAACUAUACUUUCCAAAGGAACCUAAGCUCUUCUAUUUGAGUGCCCAGUCUAAUAGCCAGCUGCAACAUUAUGCAAAUGUUACACAGUAUAUAUGUAAAGAGAUGUGCAUGAUAUGGAAUAUAUGAGUUUUGGCUGAUUAUAUAAUGCUGCACUAGAUAACUGCUGUGAAAUCAGUUAACUUUUUAAUAAUGAUGGACAUUGAUUUUUGUACUGAAUUUGCCAAAUAAUGCUUGGUUUGAUAGUGAACAUUUUGAAAGCUUAUAUAAGCAACAAAAAACAAUGUAGCUUCCAUAAUGAGGGUAUUGAAUUCAAAUACAUAAGUUGCACAAA